CGGCAGCAUGGAGGAGCGCGGCGCCUCCGAGCCCAGGCCGGGCUGUAGCGGCUCCGAGCCGGGCGGUGUCCGCGGUGGUGGCCAUGCUCACGCGUGGGCUCCCGAGGACGCGUGGAUGGGCACCCACCCUAAGUAUUUAGAAAUGAUGGAAUUAGAUAUAGGAGAUGCCACCCAAGUUUAUAUAGCAUUCUUGGUUUACCUGGAUCUCAUGGAGAGUAAAAGUUGGCAUGAAGUAAACUGUGUGGGAAUACCAGAACUACAGCUCAUCUGCCUAGUUGGCACCGAGAUAGAAGGGGAAGGGUUACAGACUGUGGUGCCUACACCUAUUUCUGCUUCCCUCAGCCAUAACAGGAUAAGGGAAAUCUUGAAGGCAUCUCGAAAACUGCAAGGUGACCCAGACUCACCGAUGUCUUUCACUUUGGCCAUAGUGGAGUCGGAUUCCACCAUAGUCUAUUACAAACUGACUGAUGGAUUCAUGCUGCCAGAGCCUCAGACUAUUUCUCUUAGAAGAUGAUGUUUGUAUUUCUCAAUACCUUGUUUUAUUUGUGAAAGAUUGAUCUGGAGACUCAUGGGCCUGCUUCAUGUGUUAUCUCAGAGUUAGUCAGGGUCCACUGAACUCAUCACAUUUUGUAAGUUUUCUUUUUGAAUAAAACCUUCCCAGAUAGAGGAGCUUGUAUUGCUUGAAAAGCAUAGAGUAGUUGCUCUGUGACUUUCUUAUCAGAGACAGUAUAAUAACAGCUACGUUCAAGUUUGCACAAGAAUGUGUUGAGAGGGAGGAUCCUGUGCACUGCCCUUGGUGCCCCACAUUCAGCUGCCAUCGUGAGCUCUUCGCUGAAACAACCACUUUUGUUUACUCGGCUCUCCCAAUGCCUUCUGGAUACUAUGGCCAGCUCAGAGCCACACUUCAUAUAGCCUGUGACAGCUGAAUUUGCUUCUGCCUAUGUUUUAAAUUCCUGGUUGAAAUCGGACUGCUUGUCUCUUGUGCUUACAGUUACUUUACUCUUUAGUUGACUUGAAAUCAAAACUAAAAAUAAGCUAAUGAAAUGUGUAAAUAUAUAUGAUUGGAUUUGCUAAUAGAGACUAAAAGAUUGUUCCCUAUAAAAGUACUGGUCUUUUCUUUCUAUUCUUAUCACUACCUUCCUUAUGAUGUCAUAGCUAGAGUGGCAUAAGAGAGAGAGUGCUGAAUCAUCCCUAAGAUGUGUGUUAACCCGACUCAUUUAUUCUGCUUUUGUUUACAUUUCCCAAUUAAGUUGUCCAAAGUAUAAAAGUUACAUGCAAAAAUAUCUUCCACACGGUAUUACUUUUAAUAACCUAAUUUGUGAACCACUGAAAGAGUCAGCACACUUCUUUUAAAGGCUAGACAGAAAGUCUCUUAGACUUUUCAGGCCAUAUUUUGCCUCUGUUAUAAUUUCCUAGCACUGCUGUUUGUAGCAGAACAGCCAUAGACAUGUAAACAAAUGUGUAUGGCUGUGUUCCAUUAAAACUUGGGGCCAUGGUCUACCAUUCCUAGGUCUAGGUAGUCAAGAAACAUAUUUAUGUGCUUACCAAAUGUUAGUAAUAAAUAUUAGAAAAAUGUGAGACAAUACUAUAAUAAAUUGCAAAACACAAAGUCUAUGAAUGUGCUCAUGACAGGACAGCACACCAAAAUAUAAUAAAAAGUAAAGUAAAUUACUAUGGUUAUAGUAGAAUGUCAGGGCAUUAAAUGGAUAACUUUGUUCUUGCUCAGUCUUUCAGAUGUUAUUUGUAUUACUUUUAUAAUAAAUGUUUUAAAAUAAAAAGUACCUCAAAACA